AUGGCCUCGCAAGCAGUGCAGUUGCGUAUCGAAGACAAUCUAGUGAUUAUGGACAAUGGCAUCCUGCAAGUGUAUUUAUCCAAUCCAGGUGGAUUAGUCACUAGAAUACAAUACAAUGGAAUUGAUAAUCUGCUUGAAGUUCUUAGUGGAAGUGAGCAUAGAGGGUAUUGGGACGUUGUUUGGAGUGAAGCCGGAAGUACAGGAACAGCUGGGACAUUUGAACGGUAUGUGAUGCUUCGUAAUUCCUCAGGAUUCUACUCCUACGCCAUCUUUGAACACCUAGCAGAGUGGCCUGCUUUCAACAUACCUCAAAUAAGGAUUGUUUAUAAGCUUCGAAAAGACAAUUUUCAUUACAUGGCCCUGUCGGAUGAUAGACAAAGAUUUAUGCCUCUCCCAGACGACAGAUUACCCGGAAGAGGAAAAGAACUAGUUCCGCCGGAGGCAGUUUUGCUCGUUAAUAAAGUGGAACCAGAGUUCAAGGGAGAGGGAUACCAAUUUUGGACUAGAGCUAACGAGAAAGGCUACUUCUCAAUCAAUAAUAUAUGCGGUGGGGAUUACAAUCUCUAUGCAUGGGUUCCAGGUUUCAUUGGAGAAUAUUGGAACAAUAUUGUUCUCGCCAUAACACCAGGUUCAUUUAAUUAUAUUUUACUAGAGAGAAGAUAUAACCCCUGAAUGUUCCUUUAAAAUAAACCGAAUUUGUGAAGUCUUAAAAGAAAUUUAUACUUA